GAAACAGUAAAUUAUUCCCCAAAUUAACGAAUGAAAAACAUCAGAAGGUUGCGUUUGUUCGCAACGCUUUAUCUUAUUUCAAAACAAGGUCCUCAAAAAAAUGUCCUCCAAGUACAUUCAUCUUCAUAUACGUGGAAUGGUGUCCACUUCCCUCCAAACCUCUACAGAUCAACGGAGAUCAUUGUGAUUCGAGUGACAGAGCGGAGUACAGUUCGCCGGAUAAAACAGUUUUAUUCUUUAGACGUAUUGUUUGAACAACUGCCUCUCUCAAUAUUCGCAAUAUAGCUAGCUUUAUUAGUUUAUAAUGUAAAUUCACUUGCCGUCGAUUUACCAAUCGAAAUUUGUACUUAAAACUGCCCAGUUGAUAGUGGGAAAAUGUGGUGGUUAUUAAAGUUGAUAGUUUUUGUGGUGUUACUUGAUUCAAGCCAUGGGCAAAGCUACGCCGGAUGUGACUAUACGUACAACUAUAAUUCCUACGCUGUAGGUUAUAUCCAAUCUCCGAACUGGAGUAACUACUAUACGCCUGGAACAAACUGCCGGUUUACGAUCCAGGCACCAGCCAGACACUAUCUGUACGCUCAGUGCUAUGAUAUGUAUCUUCCGUCCAGCUAUGGGUGCUACUACGAUAAACUGCUAGCGUCUUUGAAUGGUGAUUCCACCCUCGCUGGAGCCCAGGUUUACUGCGGAUCUACUCCGUUCAACGUGGCUUCCAGUGGAAACAAGCUGGUAAUAGCACUUCAGACCUCUCCCUAUAUGAGCGGGGGACGCUUCCGAUGCCAAAUCUCUGCUAUUCCACUAAAAUGCAACUGUGGCAGUCGAAAAACGCCGCUCAUUGUAGGAGGAGAGUCCACACAGGCGAAUGAAUUCCCUAUGAUGUCUGCAAUUAUCGACAUCUCGUCCAAAGCACUCAUCUGUGGUGCUACCAUCAUUACUGACCGCCACGCACUAACUGCUGCCCACUGUAUCGUUGGGCGUUCAAUUGCAAACAGUGCACUUCUGGUAGGAGACCAGAACAUGAAUACUGGUACGGAUACUCCUUAUGCCAAACUGAUGAGAAUUUCAACAUUCACCGCGCAUGGCCAAUACAGUGCCAGUGCCAAAACCAACGAUAUUGCCUUAGUUCGGACAGUGGACGAGAUCAUCUUCGAUGCCGGAGUCAGCCGGGCUUGUCUUCCCUACGUUUAUGCUUCUGCUAGUUUUGAUAACAUCAAUUUGGAGGCCCUUGGAUGGGGAACGUUGGAUUUUGGUGGACCACAGGCAACCGAUCUACAGAAGGUUAGUCUUCAGGUGAUGAAUUUGACAAGCUGUCGCAGUCAACUGUCGGGCAUGAAUUCGGUACAAGAUAGCCAAAUCUGUACUUAUACUCCCGGGAAGGAUAGCUGUCAGUACGACUCCGGUGGUCCACUGCUCUAUACUGAUCAAUCCGGAGGGGUGGUCUACGCCAUCGGAGUCAUCAACUACGGUAUAACGUGCGCUUCUAAAUACCCCAGCGUCAGCGCCCGUGUCACAUCCUAUCUUAGCUGGAUCGAAACCAACACCGGGUACGACUUUUGUGAGAAAGUGUAAUAAAAAUGCACACUCUGCAUCACCAAGGAAGAGGAAAAAAAGGCGCAUGAAAUAAAACACGACAACGGAAAUAAAAAGCAUUUGCUGUGUUAAAAGUGCUUUUAAAAAUAA